UUUGGCUAUUUCUUACAAGGGGGAUGUAGUGCCAUCACAGCCUUUCUAUUUGGUCGAAAUAAAUGAAGGUUCUCUGGCGCCAUCUUCUGGAGAGGUACAUCCACUACAACAAAUGUUACACUUCAGUUUUUUAGCGAACAAGAAAGUGUACACAAAUUAAUGAUGCUGAGGAGACACGCAUCAUCUACAUGACCCUCUUGUGUUUUCAGUUGUUUGUGUAAUCUUGUCGUUUUUUUGGGACAUUUCUCUGCAAAAGCAACAUUGCGGAUGUAACAAUGUCGAUGUCAACAUUUCAAAACGUUACGCUCGUAUCUUGCCUGGUGCUCUGCGUUGCUCUUCUGGUUCCGAAAAUGCUUCUAGGCGGAGAGAAGAAUGGUGYACAGACCGAGGAUAACAUCAAAGGUGAAGAGCGUCGUACCUGCCGAGCUCAGAUUUCCCUCGGUGAGAGGAGAGAACCUGAAGAAAAAGAUCACUGAUUUUCAGCUGACUCAGCUGCAGGAUACGCUGAGGGAGACAGAGAUGGUAAUGGAGAGGAUUGUUUCUAAAGCCAGCUACAGCUCUAAAAGGGUGAYAGGGGUGAGUGCCGACCAAGAGGAGAGACUGCUUCUCCAGCUGAGAGAGAUCACACGGGUGAUGCAGGAGGGCCGCCUGGCGGAGGGGGUUGCCCCACCAGAGAUGGGGGCCCAAUGCUGGGAAGGUUUCCCAGAAGAUCCCCAUCCAUGCUGGGAAGAGCCCUUCUGUGGAUGUGACCAUUCCCAGGCGACCAGCACUGAGGAGCAGCCAGAGACGACCAACGGGAGUGGGGCUGACCAGGAGGAGGGUGGGGCUGAGGAUGAUGAAGGUGGAGCUGAGGCAGGGUCUGAUUUGAAUACUGAUGAGGGAGCUGCUGAUUUAUCCACUGGGAAUGAGGAAGGUGGGGCUAAGUGUGAUGUGGGUGGGACUGAGGUAGAGAAAGAAGGAAUGUACCGGGAGGAGGGUGGGGCCAAUGACAAGCUGGGUGUGGCUGAUAAUGAGAUGGGCGUUGCAGAGGAGCAAGGGGAGGAGCUUGAGUACACACUAAAGAUGUCCAUGGUGUUGGAGUGAGAGGAAAAGGAUAGUGUCAACAGAAACAUCAACUGGCCGUUCUUAGAUGGAACAAGAAGCAGAAGAAAUAACCACAAGGAAACACUAUUGAUUCUUCCCUAAAUUCCUUCCUAUACUUGGGAGAGAGGAGUGCAACCUACAAACAAGUCUGAUUACAUCUGUCAAUAAACAUUUCUUUCUAGCCUCUAAAAGCUUCAAUACUAGAUGGGCCCUAGCAUGAAGGCUGGCAGUUAUCCRGUCUGUAACAGAGUAGAGGAGCAAAAAGCUCCACCUGAGAAAGAUGGUAUCGCYUCUUCUCUUGCUAAGUGACAGUCUGAAGCAGAAGUCAUACAGUACCCACAGUAUUGUACCAGUGUCUGGUUAAGGAGUCCACCAUUGAAUAACACCUUUGACACAAUGUGCUUACAGUAAACUGACUGAUUGGGAUUGUAUUGUGCUCCUACACUUCUGGACUUAAGGAUGCUUUUUGUCCUUAGUGCAAUAAACUGUCAUUAGAAUCAAUGUGAAAUUUAUCUAGAACUUCGAGACCUUGACUCUGACAUUUGUCAAAAAUGAUUCACAUAAUUGAUCUUUAGCUGGUUCUACAUGUCUGUGUGAAGAAAAGUAAAGACUACAAAGUUCAAUCUGCAUAAACCCAUCUGGACUUUGCGCUGUAAGGUUAUCUGCAGUCCAAUCACAAGCCUGAACAAAGAGACGUGUUCUGAUUGGUCUGUCUUUGCCAUCGCCCUCUAAGUAUGGUCUAUGCUAGCCAGAAAUAAUGGCACGCAAGCAAAAAAAGUCUGAAAUUAUAAGUAAAUUGUGAUGACAGUCAGAACCCAUGAUCAGACUAAUUACUACCUAUAGUUAUAUCAUUUAUGUAUUCAAAUAGCUAGUUGUGACUGAACAUAUCUGCAAUUGCAACUUCUACAUUUCUUUUAAUGUCUCAGGAUUUUGAAGCUCUGCACUCCAGUUUCCUUUUAAGGUGAGGACAAAUGUGUAAUGAAAGGAUUCACUAUAAAACACUUGGUCUGGGAUGUGAAAACUUUGAUUAUCAGUAUCUCAGAACUAUGCUUUGCAUAGAUUGAACCUUAGUAGAAAUGAUCAUUGGUGACCUUGGGACUAAGGUUCAAUCUACGCAAAGCAUAGUUCUGAGAUACUGAUAAUCAAAAUGUUCACAUCCCUGCUUACUUCAUGGCUAUAAUGCAACACUGGACCACUAGUUAUAUAGAAAAACUCACUUUUAUACACUAUUGAUUAACCUGUAUGCCAAUGUUAUAAAAAGUAGUCACUGCUGUGGAAUAUCUCUUGGUUGGACAACCAACAACCUUAAAAUAAAAAAUAAGUCUCAA